GUCUCAAAAUCGACGAUCAAGCUGCCGAUUGGCAUUUAGGUAGUAGCAGCCAAGUGUUUGGCUCCUGCCAUGAGUGCGACACAGGCUGGCCAACAGGAGCCUAACAAGCUCAGAAGCCCGGUGCGGCAGGCGCGGCUUUGGCUGCUGGUGCUGGCCCUGCAUGCCUCGCUAGGCGCUUGCCUGCCUCGAAGCCUUAGUCCGAGGCUGCCGGCCAGGGCGAAGGUGGCCAGGCAAGCAGCAGAGGCAACACCGGCAUCCAUUACGAUCUCCAAGAAGAUGAGCGAGCUUGAUGAGCGAGUCAAAGCCGUCGAGAAGCCCGAAGAGGAGAUGUUCUGGAGGGUCCUGGCAUAUUGCACGGCCUGCCGGACGCCCUGGUGCAAGCUGCCUUGGCGACGGCACACCUGUUUGAAAGGUGAUGCCAAGGCUGAGGGCGCGCAGGGCAACCGUUGCGACAUGUCGUGGGAAGACUACACCGACAUCCUGACGAGGUCGGUGCCGCUGAUCUCCCAUAAGAAGGCGCAAAUCUUAACGCGGGAGUGCUGGCGUGAGGGCGAUGCAGACCCCAGCGGCAUCGGCGUGGUGACCGUCUGCAUCGUGCCCAAGGUGGCAGCCGAGGAGUAUGGGCAACAGCUCUGCAACAAUGGAGCCUUGGACAGUAGGAGGGAACAUGUCCAGCCAGGCUAGGAACUAAUUGGUGGCUUCUCUUGAAAUUCCUGAAAGGCGGCCAGCAUGGGUCCCUGCAACCAAGUUGGGUCACCCUAUAUAACAAGAACAUAGUCUGUAGCUUUCGAGGCACUACUAAGUGGGUGUUUGGAUGCAUGUCGUACAAAC